AUGUCUCGAGGUGGAAGAGGAGGUGGCCGUGGCGGACGGGGUGGUGGAAGAGGUGGAAGGCCCAAUGUGUCCUGGGACACAGGUGAUGAACCUGAUGCGCGACCCUCUGAGCUGUUUCCCCCCUACCUAGUCCCAACCCCCCGAGAACUCGCCAAACACGAAAAAGCAGCCGUACAACAUCUUCUUCUCCUACGGCACCAGAUCCACGCUUCUCCUCUAUACACAUCCAAGCGCACAGCACUUAACGACCCAACGGCACCACGCAAACACUACGGCCAGGCGCAGAAGAAUGCCGGCUUCGGAACCAAGAGCAAGGCCUCUCUAGACCCUUUCACCGCUGUGCCCACCUACUCCCACAAGUUCGUUCGAGAAGAGCGUGCUCUUCCCGAUUGGUCCAAUCGUCCAGUAUGCCGCGAGCUCUUCCCCAGCGAGCUUUACGAAACCAUCGACGCGGCGUCUACCAACAACACCGGUCUUCCCGGUGGUUUCAAGCGCAGAAAGCUUGAGCUCAGCAGUGUCAGUGCCCUUCCUAGCGCAGAGGAGGCUUUCGGCAUGGCAGAAGAAGGCGAAGACGAAAUGCAGGGCCGUAACCUGCUCGAGCGUUUGCAGGCGCUCAAGGAAGAGGAGGGCGACGAAGCCGGCGAACUUGAAGAUGAGGAGGGUAUGGAAGAGGAAGAGCAGGAUGAGGUCUACGACGAUGAAGAUGCGGGUGAUUACGACGCCGAGAAUUACUUUGAAAACGGCGAUGACUUCGGUGAGGAAUAUGGCGACGAUGGCGAUGGAGAAGGGACCUUCUAG